AAGAUCGACUCGCCCAUUAUGGCCGGCCAGAUAUCUGUGCGUGCUGCUGUAGCCUCAGGUAGGCGAACAGACAACUUCCAGCCAAACAUUGAGCUCACAAUUACCGCGCAGAUGUAGAGGUGAUUCUGGAGAUGAUUAAGGAACUGGCGCUUUAUGAGAAUGAGCCCGACAAGGUACUCGCUACCCAGGAAAGCUUGCAAAACACUCUGGGGCUCAAGGAGGGCUCAAAGUGCUACGCGAAAACCCUGCUGCUGUAUGAGGGCGACAAGCCAGCUGGGAUGGCAUUGUGAGUAUCAUGCCAUUAUCAACGGUUGCAAACACGAGAUAGCAUGUCACUGAUGCAGUGGAUAUUGAAACAGGUACUUCAACAGCUAUAGCACAUGGAGGGCUAAGCCCGGAAUAUACCUGGAAGACCUAUUCGUGAAGCCUCAAUUUCGUGGAAAGGGAUAUGGCACAACGCUCCUAGCGACCCUAGCCAAAGAGGUGCUGGAGAUCGAUGGGGCGAGGUUAGAGUGGAGCGUUCUUAAAUGUAUGUUGCCCGCCGGGAGAAUGAUGCAGGAGGCCGCGGAGAUUGAGAUAGAUGGGAUAGGGAAUGAGCCGUCUAUAAAGUUCUACGAAGGGAUCGGGGCGACUAAUCUAGCCAAAGAAUGGCAACAAAUGAGAGUGGACGGGAACGCUUUAAAGGAUUUAGCUAAAAGAGGUGCAUUCGGAGACGGAAAGUGAACCGACCAGACCCGGGGGUUGAGCCGGGCACGGAGAGGGAUUGGUCAGAUUGUACAGAGCGAAGUGGAGUCAACUCGGGAGUUUUUGCUACAAUCAAGUCGUGGUGCCCGGGAUUUUCCUCACGAA